AAUAUGGUCAAACAAGAACGUGCCGCUACUAAAAUUCAAAAAUGUCUCCGAGAUUACGUUGCACGAAAUAAAAUGAAACGUUACUUUAUUGGAUUAUUGAAUGAGUUAUCUAAACAAUUAGAUGAUAUAAUAAAUAAAACUGGUUUCAAUGUGGAGCAUGAAUUUGAACAUAAAUUAUUGAAGUUACUUCAAUGUUUCAAUACAUGCUAUCGUAAUAAAAGUCCGGAACAAAAACAUCUUUUUACUGUUUGUCGUUUAUUAUUGUCCAAACAUGGAAAAGAUGCACAAGUCAACUGGUUAACUAAUGGUUCUGUUGACCAUAUUUUCACACUAGGGAAUUCGUUAUUAAUCAACAUCAAAUAUUUAACAAAACUUCCAUCAUUAACAACAUCAUCAAACUAUACAUUACCGAUUCGUGUAUUAGAGGAAUUAUUCAACAUUUUAAUCGGAGCAUGUUCAUCUACAAAAAUCUCUUUAUAUUCAAAACAACUACACUUCAGUAUUGAAUGGAUUUGUCGACAUUUAUCAAAGCAUCAUUAUUUUAAUCAUUUGGCUUAUUUUAUGGAUCAACAAUUACCAACUACAACUGGUGGUUAUCUUAAAGAUUUCACUACCCAAUCACAAGUAUUUGAUCCUGUGGAAUUUUUCAAAUUACCAAAAACUCGUCCUUUUAUUAAUCUAAUAAUUGCACCGUUGAAAUGUGCUUUUAACCUAUCGGAUAAUGGUAGUCCAUUUUCUAAUCCAAUGGUCGAUUUGUAUCGUGAACUUGUUUUCACAGCAUUAAAUGAUAUUCUCAUAUCAACCAUUGAUGAUCACAAUACUUAUAUUAUCGGUGAACGUGUCAUACUCAGUGUUGGCAUGGAAAUGUUCAAACUACCUAAUCUACAUCAAAUUGUUAUUCAUGGAUGUUUAACAGCGGUUGGGAAUGAAAAUAGCCAAUUAAACACUGAACAACAACGACAACAACAACCACAUAAUGGAACUAUUUCAUUGAUUCCUUCUAUCAAUUUAUUACACCUUUUUGUGACUGUGGCUAUACCUGGCAUGUUAGUAAAAUGUGAUUCAACCACAACCACAUCAAGUUCAACUGUCCAUACAACCGAGUCAUCAAUAAUACAAGAUACUGAUGACGAUGAUAAUCAUGAAGAAGCAGUGACAGAGGAAGAAGGAGGUGACGAAUCAUUGCCAGUUCUGUUAGCUACUGAAUCUUACACACAUUAUACAUGGUCUGGUUCACCUUUAGAAGCUGCGAUAACGAUACGUUUUGUUGCUCGGAUACUUAUGAGUUGUUUAACGGAACCUCAUCUGCCUAUUGUUCGUCCAAUUACUGAUCCUAAACCGUUACAACUACGAAUUGGACAAGGAGAAGAAUUAUCAGAUGACGACGAUGGUGAUGAUGACGACAACAAGAUUAAUGAUAAUCAUAAUAGAAUGAAGGGAGUGGAAAUCAAUGAUCAGGAAAUGAAAAUGUCAGCUGAAUUUACUAGAAGUGCUAAUAACUGUAGUCUUAUUUCAGAGGCUGUCUUGUUUCAACCAGCUACUCAACUGACAAAAAUCUCUGCGUCACUAAGUCAUAGUUUACCGGCGCUAGCAGCUAGCUCAUUGUCUACACUAGAAAAUUUCAAUAGUGAUUUGGAUAAUUCAGAUAAAUUGGAAUUAAUUCGUUCUUCAUCAUAUCUACAUUAUUGCCUUUCUCAAGUAUGUGGUCUGUCUAGGACAUCAUUAAUACGCAUUAACUCAAUUUAUUCACAGUAUACAAUCUAUUUACGUUGUUUAUGGAAAUUAAUUGAAAAUACUAAAUGUUUAAAUAAAUCAACAUUAAAUUAUUCAAAUACCAAUAUGUCUACAUUGUUCAAUAUUUUAUGCUCGGGUGAAUUACCUACGCAUUUAGUGGAACUUCAAAGUUAUCUUCCACUGAUAUUUACAUUUGCUGAUUGUCUUCAUCAUCGCUUAUUAUGUUUAACUGAUUCGGAAAUCUGUGACAUCUCAUCGGAAGCGAACUACACCAACUCCAACGAUUAUCGUCAUCAACAACCAAUCAAUAAUUAUAGUGAACCCUCACGAGGAGGUUGUGGUUUUCGUGCUGAUGAAUUAUUACAAGUUGGUGCAAGACUUCGUGAUCUUAUGCUCGGCCUAAUUGAUUUGUCACAUCCUGAUCAAGUGCCGAAACAAACUCGUUGUAAUUUACAAACAGAUACACAUUGUGCAGAAUCAAUGGAACAACCAAAUUAUGGUGCAGUAUUACGUAGAAUAGAACAAUGGGUCGAAAUAGCCGAUCUUGGCAGUUCACCUAUUGGUGAUCUAAUGAUGCGAAAUUAUACACAAUGGUCGAUACCGGAUUUUCGUCUUUUACUAUAUUGUUGGUGUAGUUUACUGCGUCGAGUUGAACGGUUAGUAUUUCAAAUCUAUGAUUGGGAUCGUCGUUGUCGACGUCAACAAGAUACUAGUCUGCCUAUCUACCUUUUACAAAAUCCACAAUCCACAACGACAACAGCUUCUACAAAUGCAUCAUCUACAUUUUCAUCCUCAUCCUCAUCAACUGAUAUUGCACGCGUAACCAAUUCACCACGUCUACCACUUGGCACACCAAGUCUUAGUCAAACAUUUUGGUUGAAAGAUAACUUAUUUGAUUUAUUAAAUACUACAGAAUCACAAUCUUCAUGGUUUGAAAAUCAUGGUUAUCAAAAUACAUUGGCAUUAGCUGGUGCACCGUUUGGUUAUUAUAGUAUUUUGAAUCCAGAUCGAAAUCAAGAAUCAUUUUCUUUAUCCAAUCGUCAAAUACGUCAAGUCUUAUUAUUGAAAAAAGUUCCAUUUGUUAUACCAUUUGAAAAACGAGUUAAAUUAUUUAAAAUUCUAAUCAGUGAUGGUAGUACAUAUAAUCGUAAUCCAUUUCGACGAAUAUAUAAUAUGUCUAAUCAACCAAGUGUUUCUCUUGUUGUUCGUCGAACUCAUUUAUAUGAAGAUGGUUUUGAGAAAUUAUCCAAAGAAAAUGUACCCAAUUUACGUCAACGUUUAAAAGUGACCUUUUUAAAUCCAACUGGUUUAGCUGAAGUUGGUAUUGAUGGUGGUGGUUUAUCAAGAGAAUUUCUUACUGAAAUUAUUCGUGCUGGUUUUGAUCCAACUAGAGGAUUUUUUAUUUAUGCAUCAGAUAAAACUUUAUAUCCAAAUCCACAAGCAUCUGCAAUUACAUUGGAUUAUUUAAAGCAUUAUUAUUUCUUAGGAAGAAUUUUAGCAAAGGCAAUUUACGAAGGUGUGCUUGUCGAACUUCAGUUCGCUUAUUUCUUCUUGGCGAAAAUUGUUAGUCGAAGUGGCGGUGGCGGAGUCGGCUUUGAUUAUCUACAUUCACUUGAUCCUCAAUUGUAUAAACAAUUAUUAUUUUUAAAAAAUUACAAAGGGGAUGUACGAGAUUUAUCCUUAGAUUUCACUAUGGUUCAAUCAAUUUUUGGUCAAUCUGAAACGAUCGAAUUGAAACCAGGUGGUAAACAUAUACCAGUUACUGAAGAAAAUCGUGUUGAAUAUGUACAUUUAAUUGCGAAUUAUAAAUUAAAUAAAAUGAUUUAUCCACAAGUACGAGCUUUUACUGCUGGAUUAAAUGAUGUCAUACCAAUUGAUUGGGUACGUCUUUUUGAUGCAGAAGAAUUACAAACUCUUAUAUCUGGAGCAGAUAUGGUAAUCGAUGUGAAUGAUUUAAAACAGCAUACAUUCUACAUUGGAAGAUCCUGGAGUCCAUGUGCGCUAUUGAUUUCGAAUCAGGCUUUUCCAACUCUCUCUGUCCACCAACCCGGUUAAAGCACCAGACAUUCUGUUUCCGUCCUCUCAAUUUCAUAAACAACACCCCCCUCCGCUGUGGAAAGGCAGUGAAUAGGACGUCCCUGGUAGUGGUUAUAUUAACCACGUGGUCAUUUUAGAGCAUUUCGAAAAGGAGAGUUGACUCUCCCCACCCUCGGCUUUACCAGGGCGUUUAGAUGUUCUUAAAUCAAAUCUUUUCUGCUGUUGUUGUUUUUAAAUGUUAUUAUUACUUCAAGAAUUGAAGAAGCAGCUUCAAUAAAUUUCUCAUCAUCAUUAUAAAACUAUUUUUCUUCUUUUUGUUUUUCUUUAUCAUAACUUUUUCUUUUCUUUUCUUUUUUUCAAGAUUCAUUAAAUUAUACUGAAACAUUAGAUUGUUUUUGGUCAGUAUUACAUAAUUUUUCAGAAUCUGAUAAACGUUCAUUUUUACGUUUUGUUACUGCAUGUUCACGUCCACCAAUGUUUGGUUUUCGUGAAUUACAACCACCAUUUUCAAUACAAAUUACUGAUGAAAUUGAACGUUUACCAACUGCAAGUACAUGUACAAAUUUAUUAAAAUUACCUAAUUUUCGUAAUAUAAAACUAUUACGUGAACGUUUAUUAUAUGCAUUAAAUGCAAAUGCUGGUUUUGAAUAUGGUUAAAUUCAAUCAAGUAAAGUGAUGAUGUUUGUUUAAUUGUUUACUUACUUACUUGUUUGUUUGUUUGUUUUUCCUUUGUAAACAUUCAUGUAUCCAUUCACUUAUCAUGUUGAUAUUUUCUUAAAUUUAUCAAUUGAGUAGAAGAUUUCGCUUUUUUUUCCUUCUUUUUUUCGUUUUUUUUUAUAUAAAAAUUUCUAUUAACAUUAUCAAUACUACUGUAUACUUGAGUAGUAGUAGUAGUACUACUACUACUACUUCUAACAUUUUGGUUAUAAUCAUUUGAAUAUAAUAAUAAUAAUAAUCAUAUAUUUAUAUAUGGAUGUUGGUGAAA